AUGUCGAAUGUAGCUCAAGGAUGGCAUGACUUGGACAACACAGAGUAUGACUGCUGGCCACUGGAAAAGCCUGAUGAAGUGAAUAUGAUCGACUGUGGAGGUCUGGAGAUGGCAUGGGUGCUCCGGCCUCCUGCAAAAGUGUAUAGCGGAGAAACCUUUAACGUCAUCUACUCUGUGUCAGCCUCUGAUGACUUUUAUGUGUAUGCAGUGGCAAACGGAAUCCUAUCACACAGGGAUGCUGAGUCAGCAAAAAGAUUUUGUGAGGAGCAAGAAUGUCCUGCCAAUUGGAAAGAUGCAAAUGGAGAAAACUGCUGUAUUCAUCAUGCUAAUAUCCACUCCUGCCCUAUAUCUUUUAUGGGGAAUGGUGGAAUUUGUGGUCCAUGGAUACCAGAUGAUGGACAGAUAUUCACACACACCUUAUCUGUCUCUGGACAAAUGACACAAGGGAACUGGUCUGCAAAGGUUGCGUUAGUUCAUGCUGGGGUAACUUCAUUAAUUGCCCAUAUACGCAUUGGUAACAUGCAAGUUGCUCUUGAAGCGAAAACACUGGUGCUGCCUAUAGUAGUGUGUGGCAAUAGUAUAUGUGAAGAAGAAGAGGCAUGUGCUACAUGUCCCGUAGACUGUGGGGAAUGCAGUCUCCCAUCGGACAUUCGAAUGGCAAUAGCAAUUCCUGUGGCAAUUAUUGUAGCAGGCUUCAUUUUAUCUGCUGUGGGAUUUCAGUACCAACGGCAAAGGAUGUUUUGGGAUGAAAGUUGGAUCAUCAAGUACAGUGAUAUAAAACAAGAAAGAAAACAAAGGGUAACCCUGAGUUCUUCACCAGACCUUGCCAAAAUUUGGCUUCUAGAGACCCAGGUUACAUCUGCAGAGCAAGGUAGCAGAAAACUAGUGCAAGCUCGCUCUAAGCAAUUCUACCAGAAUGAACAGGGUGCAAAGAGUAGUAGACACGCAGAGCUAAAUUUGGACAGUGCUAAAACAGCAGAUGAGGGGUUAAUCCAGAAACUGGCCACAAUAAGAAUACUAAGAGAAUUAGUAGAAGCCAAUACAACAGAUGAGGGUUUAAUCCAGAAAGAAGCCACAGUCCUGAUACUAGGUGAAUCAGUGGAAGCCAAAACAACAGAUCAAUGGUUAAUCCAGAAAACAAGCAAACGUCAUGAUGGCAGAAUAGUGGCUAUAAAGAAAAUCCCAAAGAAGACAUUUACACUCUCCAAAACAAUACGGAGGGAAAUAAAGCAAAUUCGGGACCUGGAUCAUCCUAAUCUUUGCAAAUUUAUUGGAGGUUGCAUUGAAGUUCCUGAUGUGGCUCUAAUUACAGAGUAUUGUCCCAAGGGAAGCUUGAAUGAUGUUUUGUUAAAUGAAGACAUUCCUCUGAACUGGGGAUUCAGGUUUUCUUUUGCUACUGACAUAGCUCAUGGCAUGGCAUAUCUGCAUCAACAUAAAAUAUAUCAUUCACGUCUUAAAUCUACAAAUUGUGUAAUUGAUGACCGAUGGGUUUGCAAAAUUACAGAUUAUGGUUUGGACUUCUUCCGCAAACCAGUUUCAGUGGGCGAUUAUAAUGCCUAUAAAGAUCAUCCUGCUCAAGCGUACAUACCCCCGGAGACUGCAUCCUGUCACGAGAAAUCUGCAGCUCUUGACAUGCACAGUUAUGCCAUUAUUUUACUGGAAAUAGCAAUCAGAAAUGAUCCUGCUUCGAAAGAUGAAUCCAAUAGUGCAGAGUACUGCUGCCUUCCUUUACCAGAGUUAAUUAAAGGCAAAGCUGACAAUACCUGUCCAUGUCCGUCUGAAUACGUUGAUCUGAUCAGACAGUGUCGGAGUCAGAACCCAGCUCAGAGACCAACAUUUGAGCAAGUAAAGAAACUGCUGUACAAGAUGAAUCCAAACAAAGUAAGCCCGGUGGACAUGAUGAUGACUCUGAUGGAAAAAUAUAGUAAACAUCUGGAGCUAUUAGUUGCAGAACGCACACAAGAUCUGGUGCAUGAAAAACAAAAAACAGACCGUCUUCUCUACAGCAUGCUACCAAGGCAGGUUGCAGACGAUCUGAGACAAGGGAAACAUUCACAAGCCCAGAGUUAUAGCAGUGCAACUGUGUUUUUCAGUGACAUUGUUGGGUUCACUAAUUUGUCCAGUACCAGUACCCCUUACCAGGUGGUGGAUUUCCUUAACAAACUCUACACCACAUUUGAUGACAUUAUUGACAACUAUGAUGUCUAUAAAGUGGAGACAAUAGGUGACGCCUAUAUGGUUGUUUCUGGAGUUCCCAAAGAGAAUGGUAUUUACCAUGCAAGUGAAAUUGCAAGUAUGGCAUUAGAUUUAGUUGGUGUGUGCAAGACUUUCCGAAUACCACAUAAGCCCAACACACAGCUAAAGAUACGCGCCGGAAUCCACUCAGGACCUGUGGUCGCUGGUGUUGUUGGAACAAAAAUGCCCAGAUACUGUUUGUUUGGAGACACAGUGAACACUGCUUCAAGAAUGGAAUCCACAAGUGAAGCACUGAAAGUUCAGUGCAGCUCCAGUGCUUAUGAUCUGUUAAAACAAAUUGGAGGAUAUAAACUGGUAUGUCGUGGAACAUUAACAAUUAAGGGCAAAGGAGAUAUGACAACAUAUUGGCUUGAGGGGAAGACUGCCACAUCAACACAGAAUAUCAUUCCAAAUACAUCAGCAGUCAUGCAGGAAAAAGAGAGAGAGUCAUUUAAUCUGAUACCUGGAGUGAUAUCUACUGAAGCCCUGUCAGCUUCAUUUUGA